GGAGAAGAUAAUUUCACUUACUGUCCAGCCACAGGACUAGCUAAAGGAAAUGAGCACUCGGAAUUUGCUGGCUGGGCAUUCCCGUUUCCAGGGGUGUUCCUCACAGAGGAGUUCAUUAGCGAAGAUGAAGAAUCUGAGAUAGUUGAACUGAUGGAUCGAGACGACUGGAAACCCUCACAGUCUGGCCGAAAGAAACAGGACUACGGACCCAAAGUGAACUUCAAGAAACAAAGGCUGAAAGCUGGCAGCUUUACCGGUUUGCCAAGUUUUAGCCAGAGGCUUGUGGCGCAGAUGAAGGCCUGCUGCAUACUAGGUGAUUUCUUACCUGUCGAACAAUGCAACCUGGACUACACGCCAGCAAGAGGCUCUGCCAUCGACCCCCAUUUUGACGACUGGUGGCUCUGGGGAGAGCGUCUGGUUAGCUUAAACUUGCUCUCAAAAACUGUGCUAUCUAUGUCUUGUGAUUCAGGGGACAGUAUCCAAUUAUUUCCCACUUGCACAUGCAAAAAUUCAGGCGAAGAGGGAAUCGGUCACCUUUUACCCCCCAGGCUUGUUCCAAGUCAAGAGGUGACUGUUGCCAUUCCCUUACCCCGGAGGUCUCUGGUGGUGCUGUACGGUGACGCCCGGUACAGGUGGAAACACGCGAUUCACCGCAAGCACAUAGAGCGCCGCCGAGUCUGCGUCACAUUCCGGGAGCUCUCUGCGGAGUUCAGCGCCGGGGGAAGGCACGAGGAGCUGGGCAAAGAACUGCUAGAAAUAGCGCUGUCAUUUCAAGGAAGACCAGUGUGA